AUGCUCUUCCACAGCUUGUCGGGUCCCGAAGUGCACGGGGUCAUCGACGAAAUGGACCGCAGGGCCAAGAGCGAAGCGCCAGCCAUCAGCUCAGCCAUAGACCGGGGCGAGACGGAGACGACCAUGCCGUCCAUCAGCAGUGACCGGGCCGCGCUCUGCGCGGGCUGUGGAGGCAAGAUCUCCGAUCGUUACUACCUACUGGCAGUGGACAAACAGUGGCACAUGCGUUGCCUGAAGUGCUGCGAGUGUAAACUCAAUCUGGAGUCGGAGCUCACCUGCUUCAGCAAGGACGGCAGCAUUUACUGCAAAGAGGAUUAUUACAGGCGGUUCUCUGUGCAACGCUGUGCCCGUUGUCACUUGGGCAUCUCAGCAUCAGAGAUGGUGAUGCGAGCCCGAGACCUAGUUUACCAUCUCAACUGCUUCACCUGCACCACGUGCAACAAGAUGCUGACCACCGGCGAUCACUUUGGAAUGAAGGAUAGCCUGGUCUACUGCCGGCUGCACUUCGAAGCGCUGCUGCAGGGUGACUACCAGGCCCACUUCAACCAUGCCGACGUGGCGGCAGCGGCAGCAGCGGCAGCAGCAGCUGCCGCCAAGGGCUCGGGUUUGGGCACUGGCGGGGCCAACACCUUGGGCCUCCCUUACUACAACGGCGUGGGCACAGUGCAGAAGGGGCGGCCACGGAAACGGAAGAGCCCAGGGCCUGGGGCGGACCUGGCUGCCUACAAUGCAGCACUGAGCUGUAAUGAAAAUGACGGGGACCAUCUGGACAGGGACCAGCAGUACCCCAGCAGCCAGAAGACUAAGCGAAUGCGGACCUCCUUUAAACAUCACCAGCUAAGGACGAUGAAGUCCUAUUUUGCUAUUAACCAUAACCCAGACGCCAAGGACUUGAAACAGCUCGCACAGAAGACGGGUCUCACCAAAAGAGUCCUCCAGGUCUGGUUUCAGAAUGCCAGAGCUAAAUUCAGGCGGAACCUUCUACGCCAAGAGAACACAGGGGUGGACAAGACCUCAGACUCCACACUACAGACGGGGACCCCAUCGGGCCCAGCCUCAGAGAUUUCCAACGCAUCCAUGAGCCCCUCCAGCACCCCUACCACCCUCACGGACUUGACUAAUCCCACAAUGCCAACUGUGACGUCUGUCUUAACUUCCGUGCCUGGGAGCCUGGAGGGCCAUGAGUCCAGGAGUCCCACACAGACAACUCUUACAAACCUUUUCUGA